AUGGCUCAAUUGACUCAAUACAAAAAAUUUCUCAAGAAAAUAGCCAAUGGUUUGACGAUGAGUGAUGUAGGUUCGCUAAAAUUUCUUUGCCAUGAUAAAGUCGACGGUGCAGCGUUGGAUAGAGUACCAAAUAGCGAGGCUUUAGAGCUGUUUAAACUGUUUCAACAAAAGCGGAUUAUUUCCGAGAACAACUUGACAUGUUUACGAGAUCUUUUGAAGCAAAUCCAACGCAUUGAUUUGGUCCAAAUAAUACCGGAUGAAUUUUGUCAGCAGAGUUCAGAUGUGGAAGUUGCCUCGCCAUAUCGAGUGUUGUUGAAGUCCUUGGCAGAUGGGUUGACUACAAGAGAUAUCAGCCAAUUUACGUUCUUGUUAGGAAUCGAAGGUUUGCUAUUUGAAAUUGUUUAAAUGUAUGGGAUCGAUGCUUGAAUGCAAUAUUCCCAAUAUUUGAGUUUUCUGUUCCUAGAAACGACCUUAUAGUGACACAGUUUUAUAAAUUUUAGCAUAAAUAAUUAAAACAAUUGUAUCGGCCAAAUAUCAGAACCCGAUGUUGGAUGAAUCUCCAUUUGUGAACCAUUUGUGUGUUUGAGUGUUUUAUUUAUUAUUUCGCCUAUUUAAUAAAUACAACAUACAGUGUGCAUUAACAUAAAUUUUUCAUAUUUAUUAUUGAAACUGCUAAAAUGGUAAAUUGAUCCCUUGAUUAACUAGUUUUUUUGACACCAAAUCAAUUUGAUUUCUUCAGGUUACUGAAAGUAACAUGAAAGAAAUGAUAUUACUACAAUUCUGUAUAUAAUUGUUGUAUAUAUGAGAAACAAAAUUACAAAAGAGGUCCUAGUAUUGACCCUUGUGGAACACCACUUUAAAUUAAUUUUCAUUUCCUUUGAUUUAACCUGGUUGUAUUUUACAACUUGUGUUCUAUUUUUGAAAUAACUUAUUAUUUACUUUAAAUAACUUAUCAAUAACCAUGUUAUUUCAUAAUUUUAAAGUUUGUUCGUUCACUGCAACCAGGUAUAUUAACCAUGUUUCGCUCGCUACUCUGGUUUAAAUAAAGUAUUAUAAAGCCCAGUCGAAUUGUAACUUUUUAAUUAAUUAAUGUCAUGGUUGACAGCGUCGGUAAGAUCAUGAAUUAUAUACCAACUGCUAGUAAUUAGCAGUUUUGUCAACAAGCCUGACAAUUGCUGUUGCAGUUGCUUUAUAAAACCUUUUUGAUUUCUUUUUAAAAUUUUAUUCUUCUCAAUAAAUUUCAUUAGUCUCUUGCACAUAUCAGCUUUCCAGUAAUUUAGAAAAACUUAGAUUUAGACUUAAUUUAGUAAGACUAAUAUUAGUUGGUAAUUUUCAAAUUUGUGCUUUAUUUUUGUAUUUAUCUUUUAUUUUAUUUUUCCCUGUCCUCUAUCUUAUAGCAAAGUAUGAAGUGUUCUAUACAAAAUGAUUUGUGCAUGUAAUAUUCACUGAUAUGUCUAAAGAUCCAAAUGUUAAUUUCUCUAAUGAUGAUUCUGUAAAUUAUUUUUUAAAAGAAGGUAAAAAAUUAUUUAGCCCCAAACCUCCAUUUAGCACCCUCCCCUUGUAAUAAGCCCCCACUACUAGAAAAAAAUAAAUCCCAGGGGACUAAAUUAAUAGGGCAAGCAUCUGCCAUUUGCUGACUCUGCAGAACACAAAAUAUAACCAACUUACGAUACAUGUUUAUUUAAUUAGAUGGCAUUGCUGAGAAACUGACAAAUGGUGAAAAGUUUCUAAUCUACCUAGAGAGAACUGGAAAGCUCUCGGAAAACAACUUUACUGAUUUGAAGAAUAUGUUAGAUGAUGAUAGAAAGGAUUUGGUAGAAAAGAUAAAAGAAUUUUCUGACAACAAAGGUGUGAAUUUACUGCACAUAUAUCACCAAAAUGCUUUGCUUUACAAGUUGACUAAAACAACGAAUUAGAAUGGAUUUAAUGGGGAGCUUCGUGAAUUAAAAAAUAGUGAGAAUUUGAGAACAUGCACAUCUUAGUCCCCAGAAUAUAUGUCUAUGCCCUGCCCGUCUCCCCACCCCAAUAUUUUUAGAUUUCAAGAUGUGAAAAUAGAGUUUGUAAGUUUAAUUGUUUGAUUGAAAGUUUAAAAUCAAACAGUUGACAAUUCAAUCAUAAAAUCCAUUCCCCAAAAAUAGAAAUUGGGAUUGAAAAUAUUAAAAUUUUGGCACUCUUAAUUUAUAUCUUCGUCCUUUUGGGUCAACACAAAAACAAAUGGUGUAGAAACAUGACCUCUUAUAGUCACUGAUUGAGCGAAAUGUCUAAGGAAUAUCAUAAAAUUUUUCUUCUAAUUGUAGGAAAAUGUUAGUUGUAGUAUGUGUGUGAAAUCGAUGCCAAAUGCGCGAGUCUGAGUUUAUACAUAGACAACUUUCAUAAUACAGACGGGUUAGAACAUUCUUUUAUGUGGUUUACGCAUAAAAGUUGGAAGGUCUGUUUACUUAUCAUAGACCCCAGUUUGCUAUUUUAUUCUGUCUAUUACCAAACGGGUUUAUACUUGUUAAGAAGAGACUCUUGGACAUUGGUAUGUUAACUUACCACUACUUUUAUAAAGUGUUUUCACUUAUGCAAUAUAUAUUUAAAAUACAAUACAUAUUGAUAAUUCUUUUUAUCUAUUUUUUAUCCCAGCACCAAUCCAUAUAUCACCUGGCAGGGAUUUGUGUUACUCCAUGCAACAACCACAUGUCAUUAUCAUUAACAACCAAACGUUUGAAGAUGAAACGGAAGAGGGCAACGCUUUGAGUGAACGAGAAGGUUCAGACAUCGACUUAACAAAUUUAACUGAGUUUUUUGAAGAACUCAACCUCCCUGUGGAAAUAUACGAAAAUUUGAAAUCUCAUCAAAUUUAUGACGCCAUGGUCAAGGCAAAUGAGGAAAUUAAUAAGGGAAAUUUUAGCUCCUUUAUCUGUUUCAUUAUGUCACAUGGUGAGAAUGGCAAAAUUUACGGAUCUGAUUCUAAAUAUGUUAAAAUUAAAGAGGAUAUAAUACAUCUAUUUAAAGAAGCCAACUGUCCUGCUUUAAAAGGGAAGCCCAAGCUGUUUUUCAUUCAAGCAUGUAGAGACAGAACACCAGCAGAAGAAAAUGGAAUGUUUCGCCGCAAUGCAGACCCCGACGAAGCUCAUUUUCUACUUGGAUAUUCAACAGCACCAG